AUUUCACGAAGCUCCCCAAAUAGGGUCCUGGCUUGGGUCCUUGCUCAACGUGGGAGACACGAAAAUGAAGUUGUUUUGAAAGUGUUUGGGAUUACUCUGACCGAGGAAUGGUUGUCAAAUAGGAAAUCAUAUAAUAACGGUGGUGAGAGUUGGGGUGAAAGCUGUUUUAAGAUGAUGCCAGGCGAUAGUCAGUCCAAAAUGGUAGUAAUCGCCGGAGACGCGACGGUUGGAAACUGUCAAAACUGUUCUGUUUUGCAUCAGAGUCUGACCGAAUAUGUGUCGUCAUUUCUGGCACUGAAGCAGAAAAUUACGGUCUCUGAUGACACAGUCCGACUUCAACAACAGCUGGAAGAGCUGCAGAUCAGACUGGUUACUCUGGAGAAAAAGGCUGCAGACUAUGAAUUGGUGCAAGCAGAACUGGAGGAGAAGAAGGGUGCCCUUGAGGCCUAUGGACAGGUGUCUGAAGCAAUGGAAAAGCUGAAGCAAGAAAACAGCAAGGCAAUGGCAGAAAAUAAGAAGUUUGAAGAGCAGCUAAAGAAUGUGAAAGAACUUGUGGAAAAGCAAACACUUGAAAAUGCACAGUUGAAGAGGGAAAAGGCUGUGAUAGAAAAUGACUUGCUGAAGGCACAGACAUCAUUGAAGAAAACUCAGACACAAGCAGAUCAGGUUGAAAAACUUAUAGAGGAAAACUCCAAGAUGACAAGCAUAAAGGACAUCCUUGAAAAUAAAGUCCGACUGCUCGAAGACUUGGUUUGCAAACAGAAUCAUCAGUUAUCCCAACUAACCAAAGAGAAGAUCUUGCUAGAGAGGAAUAUUGAUGAUCUCCAGGUGAGACUGAUGAAACUGGAAAGAGAAAGGAGUAAAGAAUAUAGGAGCACAUCAGCUCAGGCAAAUGCACCUGAGGAGCCUAAAAUUGACAAAGAAAAGGUCCGGACGCUACUCGAGGAUUUGUGGGCAUGUGUGGAACCUCAGCAGCAGUCAGCAACUCUGCUUCAUUUACAUGGUGAGACAUCAUUAGACGUCUGCUCUAAUUCCGGACAAGUUCUACCCUCCUCUCCACAAAAAAGUCCUCUGAGUAACAUAUCCCAGUCUGCUUCUCACAAGAUCAGUGAAUCCCUAAGUCCCCCCAUGCAGCUAAAGGCCACUUGUAGGCAGUUGAAAACUUCUCCGGGUGUGGAAAAAGCCAUCAGAUACCAAGACUCUCUGCAGUCAAGCAGUGCCAAGAAACAAACGGACACUCCCAGAAAGAGCAAGUGUUUGUCAAAGGCACACAAAACUGAGGAGCUAUCUAUUGAAGUAGAUGUUAAGGAGAUAUUGGAAAUGUUUAAACCAAUGCCUCCCUGCUUAUCACCACUGUCGGACUUGUAUUCAGAGAUGGAAUCUAUGGAGACGGACGAUGCUGAAAAGGAAAACCAUUCCAAACCCUGUGAUCAAAAUGCUCCUCUUCAACAAGUGGAGCCCUUUCUCAUUACACACUCUGUGUCAAGCCACUGUCCAAAAUCUUCUGCACUACCAGCAGCCGAGACUGUGGACUUAACAAUGGUCACAACAACUGAAGUGGAACAUGUUUCUUAUCAAAUUGACUCCAAAAACUCGGGACAAAAUGAGCUGAGUGUCAUUGCUGACGGGAAGAACAAAAGCAGUACAGAUGGUGAAGAAAUGUAUCUUCAAAAUAACAUGCAAACUGAGCAUGAGCCAGCAACUGUGCCUUUAGUAUCAUUAUCUUCUUCUUCUACGUCAGACGUAACACAUUUGGUUGAGAUUGUUUCAUUAACAGCUGAAAGUCAAGCACUAUCCUGCAGUGUAAAUCCCAGUAGCGGUGAUGCCAAUAGCAUCUCUGAAACUGAAAAUGCUUUAAGAGAGCCAAAGGAAGAUCAGCCAGAGAUUAUAACAAAGAUGGAUGUAGAUGCAUGCCCCAGUGAUGAUACUGGUGUCAAGACACUUGCUCCUUAUAUUGAAGAGUCACAUGGACAAAGUGAUAACUCUGUAAUCUCUGCAGAAACUGGAGAUGUACAGCUAGUUGCAUCAUUCGUUGACUCCGUGAAAGAGACUGAGGUUGCAAAUGCAGAAAAUGGUUCAGAAGUUGAAAAGAAUCAUCAGGUUUCUGGAAGUUUAGGACAGGGCACUCAAGAUGAUACGGUCUUGAAGCCACAAGAGGAUGCAGGGUUUCUUGGCAAGGACUUAAAAAUGGAAGAAGAUGCCCCCUGUUCAUCAAGCUCUGACUGCAUCACUAGUGUCUCAAAUAUAAAUUUUGAAACGGUGUGCAAAAGUGAUGCAUCCAUUAAGCUCAGAGAUGAAGAAAGUCAUGAGGCACAAGGAACUGGAAGAGUCAAUAUGACAGCUUCUCACUCAGAGUCAGAUAUUGAUAUUAGAACUCAAUCCCCUCAAAAAUCUUCACUGCUAAUGAAGGAAGGUGUGGAUAAAGCCCUUGCUGGGCAGGAAACUAGUCAAUCACACAUUGAAAUGCCUUCAAAAAAAGAUGCAGACAUGGAGAUCUUGAACAGUGAGAUAAUGACUGAUCAUGGGCCUUCCAUUUCUGACUUCCCACAGGAAAUAACUGUUAACUGUGAAACUUUGAAAGAAAAGCCACAUUUUCUGUGCAGGCAGUUGAGUCCUUCGUGCCUGUUAGCUACUGUAAAACUGCAGGCUUUGGAAACUCACCCAAACCCAGGAGCAUUGAAUGUUGAUGGUAACGCUGAACAUAUUUCAACAAAGCAAGAAACUCUACAGCCUGUGCAUAAUUUAGUGGAAGAAAGUGUCAUUGAAGACUUACCUCAGAACCCAGUAGACAAAGGUAGUACUAAUUUGUUAAUUCAGAAUGGUGCUGCCAAAAAUGGACAAAAUAAAUGUUUGGACUUGUGUCCAAACGUGCUUGAAAAACAAACCCCACAUGUGAACAAAGAGGAAGAAGCCAACCCAGCGGCAGGUCCAACUACAGUUCAAACACCAGACUGCAUAGGAGAAGUUCGCGCUGAAAUGGGUGAGCCACUUCCGCCUAUGCUAACCCCUCUGAGCACCCCUCAAAAGACAGGCAAAUCAAUUAGUCCUAUGCAGGCUGUUGGAAAACUCUGUUUUCCCUCACCCAUGGAUAGAUUGGCUUCUCCUACCACUCCUGUCCAGGCCCAUUUGACACCCAGUGGUCAGCACACAAGUUCUUCAUCCCUAAACAGUCCACUUCCUCCAAACGGUGUCCCUUCAUCACCACUUCAGUUUGGCUCUGCCACUCCAAAGCAUGCCGUGCCGGUCCCAGGUCGCCUGCCCUUGACAGCAUUAAAUUCUCCCCCUUCUUCUUCCUCCACUCCAUCUCAGGAAAACUCCAUGAGGAUUCUUGACACCAUGUAUCCAGAGCUCUCAGCCCGUGCCCGAACUCUUAGCAUUCUCAGAGGGAAUGUCAAUCUCAGCAUUUGUUCAUCGGAGAACGGAAUAUUACCCACAACAGCUGACAGUCAGAUAUCUGGCUUUAAAACUAUCAACUCCACCUCAACAGCAUUCACCAAGACCAGAGGAGAAAAAAGACAAGCCAUCAGUUUUCCUGAACCAAAAAACACCAAAUGUGUUAAACUUGAUAGCUGCUCUCCUACUGGCAGUCACAAUCAAGUACCUUCCUCCUCAAACGGUGGAGAGGAAACCACCUCACCUCAUACUCCCGGGCAAAAACAGCUCCAAAAUGAGGCAACCUCUCAAUCCCUAGAAGGUGGAAAAACCGCUGAGCAGAAUCUUAUAAUCAGUUCUUUGAAGAAGAUUGAAAAUCAGUGCUUUGAUCUGUUGCCUGUGAUUCAGAGCCACCUGUAUGUCGGUAACCUUCCCAAAAAGCCUGUCUUGAGAGAAGAGGAGCAGGAGGUCAUCUCCGAGUUUUGCCAAAGCAGCUUGGCCAGAGCUGAUGAUAUGAUUUUGGCAAUCUUGAACAAAGUGAAAAGGGAGGGAAAGGAUCUGAGCAGACACUAUAUGCAGGCCCUUUGUAGGGUCUACACAGGGAUCUGUAGACAGAAGAGCGACAGGGAGAAGGCUCACAUCCUAGCUUACAGCAUUCUUGCAGAAGAUUUUCCAGAUUCUGCUAAGCUGAUUUUGUUUAUGGUGACAACAUGGCCAAGUAUUCUCUCACACGGUAGUUCUCUGUGCCAGGCCAUACAUGCUGUCACCAAACUGAAAGCACAGCAAGAGCUUCUCAGCUGCCUUUCAGCAUUCCUUGGUUGGGAGAAGUGUCCUCCCUUUGACAUAGACCAGCUGAUCUCCAGAACACUGUCUGAUAUUCAAUCAGGGUCAAAACUGUCUUUCACAAAACACAAUCGCUAUGGGAACGACCUAGGGACUGAGGCUUGGGAGCAUGUCUUCACACUACACCUCCUUUGUACCCACAGGAAAUGGAAGUGGACCUAUGAAAAUAUAUUGGGGAAGGAGUUGUGGCCGUUAAUGAACACUUGGGUGACACAGCCCAGAGAUCAACAAGCAGCGAUCUCUGAUAUAACUGUCGCCACUGUACUUCGACUCAUAGGACGCCUCAGUCAAAUGGGAAUCAAAGAGAGGAGCAUUUCUUCCGUGUUAACUGUGGCCAACAUCAUCAACACAUUUGGUAGACACGGAGAGGCUGAAGGCGUGCCAUGGGAGGUCCAGUUAGCAGCUGUCUACUGUAUCUAUGACCUGUCUCCCUGCAACCCCAAACAAGCCCUGGACGCAAUCGCAGGGUGGAGAGGAGAGACGUCUCAGAACGUCCCUCCUGCUGUCACCAGCUGCAUUAACCAGUUAGCCUCUAUCUGCAGACAGGUCAAGAGCUGAGAUAGACAAGCCGUUCAAAAACAAAAACAUGCUUGCACCUCAAAGUUCAUUUUAAUUUUCUUUCUGGCAACCCACAAUAGAACUGUUAACAUUUGAGUACAGAACAUACACUGAUAGGUUUUGUGCUCUUCUAAUACAGGGUGGCUGGAGAUUCAUAGUAAGUGAACAAUAAAAGACAGUUACAGACUUCUUUAACAUUUUUUUUAAUUUGCAUUUCUACUCAAAACAAAACUGUUAUUUAAAUGUUAAUGUUCUCUGAUUUUGUAGCAGUUUUUUUUUUUUACAAAAAGGCAUGUAAAAUAUGGCUUGCUGAAUUUCUUUUAGCUGUCCACCCCUGCAAUAAUUUUACCAGCACAGCUCUAGGCCUUUUUGCUAUACUCAGGUAUUGCUCUAAAUAUUGUAAAGUAUGUACAUGUAUUCAAGUGUUUGUAAAUAUCAGGCGUUAUUAUAUAUCAGGUUACUGUUUGUAUGAAUGAAAAAUAGGUAUAAAGUUUCAGAAGUUAUUUAAG